AAAACUAUUUUUGUUAAAAAAUUCCUGUUUUACUUUUUCGUGUCAAAAUGUUAUUCACGUAUUUUUUAAAAACGAUUUGUGUAGUUGUUGUUUUAAUCAUAAUUGGUGUGUUUUGUGUUGAGAAGGACGAUUAUCAGAGCAGCAGCCAUUUUAAUAAUAAUAAUCGGGGACAAGUAAUUUUGGAUAAACAAAGUGAUUAUGUUGGUGGAAUUAGAAGUUCGGUUACAAUUGAGGAUUUAUUACAUAAUACGUAUUCGACAAAGAUCUCAAAUGAUUUAGAUGUAGAUAUAUGUAAAGCAGGUGGAUUCCAAGGUGACAUCGCCUUACCAAACAUCAAUUACGAACGUGAAUAUCUACAAUUAAAAAAAGAGGUCAGUGAAGGUCUUCAAGUUGAAGAAGAAGGUUUAACGGAUUAUCUACGAAUCAAAUUAAAACAGGCAGCACAUCCAGAAGAUUAUCUGGCAACAACCAAAAAACCAAAAUCCCAUUAUAAUGAUCCCGAAUCAGAUUUAUUACAACAUCAAAAUUAUUUUGAACAGAAACAACAAAAUGGUGGCAUUAAAAAGAAUAUUGAUUUGAAAAAAAAUCAUCAUUUACAAAAUGGUGAUUUACAACAUAUACAACAAAAUGGUGGAUUAAAGAAAUACAAUAAGUUACAUAAUCAUGUAACAACCGCUGUACCAAAUCAUAUAAAUGUAAUACCAACGAAAAUCAAUGAAUCUGAUUUACAAGAUGAAGUGAAUCGAACAUUUGAAGAGGGAUCUAAUGUUGAGAAGUUAAAAAAUGAUUCGAUGCAUGGUAAAAGUAGUGAAGAAAUUGGUUUGGAGGUGACGUCAGCACAAUCUAUGUCCACAAUCCCAACAUUUGCAUCUUCAUCUUCAUCGGUGGAAAAUACGAGUAAUGCUGGUGGGAAACGAGAGAAAAAACGUCAUAAGCGUCGAAGAAGACGAUUUCGGAAACGAAAAUUAACCAGUAACACAUACAACGAAAUGAAAUCAGAAGGAGGCGAUGAUACUAGCAGUCAAACGAAUAUCACCGCACAACUAUCGACAUCAUCUUCAACACUGGCUAUAGCAUCACCACCAUCGUCAGUAAAUAGCACGAACAAUAGUAACAGUAAUAGUAACAAAACACAUGAUCAUAUAAAUUCAUUGGCAAAUAGCCAAUCAACAUCUUCUUCAUCGUCUUCAUUACAACAAACGAAUUCAAGUCAUCGUAUCACCAGGUCACUAUUAACAAAGUAUCUUUAUUCAACGACAAAUAUUAAUAACAAUAAGGAGAGCUAUGACGAUGACAUAAAUGAUGUGCAGAGGAGGAGGAGAAGAAGACGAAGUAAGAGUAGUCAUGGACAUGGACGACGAAUUGUUCAUCGUCAUGAAAUAACUAACAGUGAAAUACCAGUACAUGAAUUUGAAGAACGGUUUGAGGGACCUCCGAAGCCGCCUCACAAAGUUUUACCGACAUCAUCAUCAUCUAAACAUGACAAUAAUUUGAAUUUUAUAAAAGGUUUAUUUCCAAUUGUGGACAAUACAAAUAUUCUUGGCGAUGAUAUUGCAGAACAGAGGCAUGUGCGUGUAACGCGUGCAGCAACCGCACGUAAAGAACGUAUAUGGGAUUAUGGUGUGAUACCGUAUGAGAUCGAUACAAAUUUUAGUGGCGCCCAUAAGGCGUUAUUUAAACAGGCAAUGCGUCAUUGGGAGAAUUCUACAUGUGUAAAAUUUGUUGAACGAGUGCCAGAUGAACAUCCCAAUUAUAUCAUAUUUACAGAACGGCCUUGUGGAUGCUGUUCAUUUGUGGGUAAACGUGGGAAUGGUGCACAAGCAAUAAGUAUUGGUAAGAAUUGUGAUAAAUUUGGUAUUGUUGUCCAUGAAUUGGGUCAUGUGGUUGGAUUCUGGCAUGAGCAUACAAGACCUGAUCGUGAUAAUCAUGUACAAAUAUUCCGUGAACAUAUUAUGAAUGGUCAAGAUUACAAUUUUAAUAAAUUAACCGAAGAAGAAGUAAAUUCAUUAGGUUUACCAUAUGAUUAUGAUUCAAUAAUGCAUUAUGCAAAGAAUACAUUCUCACGUGGAUCAUAUUUGGAUACGAUCGCACCACAAGAGAAUAAAAUACGUGGUAAACCAGUACCAGAAAUUGGACAACGAUUACGUUUAAGUCAAGGCGAUAUCGCACAAACUAAUUUAUUAUACAAAUGUGCUAAAUGUGGACGAACAUUCCAAGAAAAUUCCGGAACAUUUUCAUCACCCAACUAUCCAAAUUUAUCACGUGGUGAAUCAGAGAAAUGUGAAUGGCGAAUAACUGCAACGCACGGCGAGCGUAUUGUAUUAAAUAUCACUGAAUUGGAUAUAUUUAAAAGUAAUGAUUGUGGAUCCGAUUAUAUUGAGAUUAAAGAUGGCUAUUGGCAUAAAUCACCGAAUUUAGGACGAUUUUGUGGCAGUGGACGUUUAGUAGAUCCAAUUAUUUCAACUGGAAGUCGUAUGUUAGUGACUUACAUCACGUCAGCAAAAUCAAUUGAACAUCGUGGAUUUUCGGCCAGUUAUGAAGCUGUUUGCGGUGGCGAAUUAGAAGUGACAACCGGCGGUCAUCUAGAAUCACCAAAUUAUCCCGAAGAUUAUCUAAAAAACAAAGAAUGUGUUUGGAAGUUAAUCGUUCCACCAACAUUCACCGUUGCGUUACGAUUUCAAUCAUUUGAAAUUGAAAAUCACGAUAAUUGUGUAUACGAUUACGUGGAAGUAAUCGAUGGUUUCGAACCAGAUAGUCCACAAAUUGGUAAAUUUUGUGGAUAUAAAGUACCACCCGAUAUAAAAUCCACAUCGAAUCAUUUACUUGUGAAAUUUUUCUCCGAUGGUUCCGUACAAAAAGCCGGAUUUUCUGCAUCAUUCAUGAAAGAAUACAACGAAUGUAAUCAAACGAACCAUGGUUGCGAACACGAUUGUAUUAAUACGUUAGGUUCAUACGAAUGUGCUUGUCGAAUCGGUUACGAACUUCAUUCGGAUGGUAAACAUUGUGAGGCUGCGUGUGGCGGUAUUUAUGAUUCACCAAAUGGAACUAUUACAUCCCCAUCGUUCCCAGCACUGUAUCCAGAGAAUAAGAAUUGUAUUUGGGAGAUAAUAGCACCACCACAAUUUCGAAUUACACUCAAUUUUACACAUUUCGAUUUGGAAGGGAAUAAUUUAUAUCAACAGGAAUGCGAUUACGAUAGUGUUAUUGUACAAAGUAAAUUAGCGGAUGAUGUUAUCAAAAAACAUGGAACGUAUUGUGGAACGGUUUUACCAGACAUGAUUACAUCGGAAGGCAAUUCAUUACGGAUUAUUUUUAGUUCGGAUUUAACUGUACAAAAAUCUGGAUUUGCUGCUAUAUUUUUUACGGAUAUGGAUGAAUGCGCAAUUGAUAAUGGCGGCUGUCAACACGAAUGUAGUAACACAAUUGGUUCAUACAAAUGUUCAUGCCACAAUGGAUUCACACUCCAUGAAAAUGGACACGAUUGCAAAGAAGGUGGUUGUAAAUUUGAAGUAACUUCCCCACAUGGUGAAAUCACAUCACCCAAUUACCCCGAUCAUUAUCCAAGCCGUAAAGAUUGUGUAUGGCAUUUUGUAACGACACCAGGACAUCGUAUCAAGUUGAAUUUCGAAAAAUUCGAAAUGGAACCUCAUCCUGAUUGUGCCUAUGAUCAUAUAGUUUUAUACGAUGGUGAUUCACCAGAAUCCCGAACACUUGGACGUUAUUGUGGCUCCAAAUUACCGCAUCCAAUAAUCGCGUCAAGUAAUCAAAUGUUUAUGGUUUUUAAAUCGGAUGCGUCUGUGCAACGGAAAGGUUUUCGUGCAAUUCAUUCAACUGCCUGCGGUGGUUUGUUACAAGCGACAGGUACUGUUAAACAUUUCUACUCGCAUUCGAAGUAUGGCGAUCAUAAUUAUGCUAAUCGUAUGGAUUGCGAAUGGACGAUUCAACCGUUGGCGAGACGAAGUGUGAUUUUAACGUUCCUCACGUUCGAAUUGGAAGAUGAGAUUACGAAUUGUAGUUAUGAUUAUGUUAGUAUUGUGGCUGGUUUGGAUGCGAGUGGAUACAAAUAUGGACGUUAUUGUGGAAGUAAAAUGCCGUCCACAAUCAUAUCAAAUGGUGAAGCUCUCGUUGUACGUUUCCGUUCGGAUGAUUCAAUUGUUAGUAAAGGUUUCUCAGCAUCAUAUGUCGCUGGCGAUCAAUUUGAUAUUACCGAUGAAUCCGAAAUGGGUUUAGAAGCCGCAGACGAUGAUGAUCUGGGUAGCGACGACGAAGAUACAAUUAUUAAUAAUAAUAAUGAUAAUAGUAGUUUAGAGAAUUAUUGAUAGAUGGCAGACAGUGCGUGCGAUAUGAUGCCGUUUGUAAAAUAAAAUAAAAAAAGGUCUUUGGGACGGGAUACAUUUUGAAAAGUCAUUUAAUCCAGGUUAUUUUUUUCUCUGCGCAAGAUACCAUAAUCAGGGAUUGUUCAUUCAAAUCCCGUUAAGGGAGCAGAGUAAAAUUUGCAGCAAAAAACUUAAAAUUGUUUAAUAACCAUAAUUUUAUCUACUCUACGACUUUCGACAUCCUAAGAAGUCUUAGGACUAUUCGAGUGUUGGAAUAAACGAUUUAGGCAUAGGAGAGAAAGUGGUUAGUACACGAAACCUUGAGCCAAAAUUUUUGCUUUUGCAUAAAAUGAUUGAUCCAAGAUGUACCCCGAACCUACACCGAAAAUUAAAUUUUCACACAAGAAUUUUCACAAACAAUAAAUAAAAUAAAAUACGUAUACGAUGAUUCAUUGUGGUACUUUUUUUUUAACUGAUGUCGACUAUUUUAAGUAGAAUUCAUGAAAUGAAGCCUCAGCAUUAGUAGUUUCUAGAAACUAACGUGUCGUGUCAGAAAAAAAUGUUUAAUUUUUAAUUACUGGCAAAAAUGGCAUGAUUUUUGGAAGACAUGACAGAUUCCGUGUCAAAAUAUGCAUUUCAAAAAUUUUUUUAUGCAGUCCUGAACUUUAUGGGCUCAUUAGCAAAGACAGGUUUGAAAAUUUAACGAUUUUGUCCUCGAUUGAUUCCAAAUUUCAUGAAUUCUACUAAAAUAUUGUUUUUGUUUCUUGUUUUUGUAUACACAACGAUUUUUUGUAAAACAAACUAAUUAUUAAUCGUGCAUAAUACAAUGUUCAUACAGAAUGGAUCGUUUUAAUUGAUAAAAGGAGAAAUUUUGUAAGUAGAGUAACUGAGAUACAUUACCUAAUGGAAUAAUUUUGACAGUCUCAAAAAC